CUCUCAAUGUCGCUAAUUUCUUGGAAGAAUUCUCUGGAGUGGAAGCCAUGCUUUUUUGCGGGAACAUUACCCGGAUGUAGGUCAGAGUCUCGUUCUCAAAGAAGACAAAAUGGCGCUGAACUCAAAAUUUGAUUUUGAAAAGGCUACAGAGCAGCUACUUUCUGUGCUUUCACAAUGUGAAGCUGGACUGAGAAAAAAUCAACAUAUACAAGAAAAACUCUGUGGUUUAUUCAAACCUUGGCCUAGUAAAAAGAAACAUGUACCUAGAAUGGAAAAAUUGGCUAGUAAUGACGAUUUAAAGCAAGUGAUAUCAGAGCCUUUACAUGUGUAUAUUAAAGGAGAUAAUGAAGGUGAGAAUGAGGGUAAUUCGACUGAAACGUUAACCUCUACUGAACAACUUGAACUGCAAGCUUUAGAUACUGCACUUUUGAAAGCACAACGGACCAGAAACAAACUUUCUUUAAAAGAGAAGAAAGAUUCCAAUACGGGAAAUAAGACUGUAUCCACUAUUCAACCUAAAUCAAAGAAACCCCCACUUGGAAAUCAGGCAAGAUUGUCCUCCAGUAGAACCUCCUCUAGUAAAUCUGAUCAACAGUCAACAGAGAGAGUGUCCUCUGGUAAAGCUUCUCAGAGAGGUAAACUUGAAGCUGACCCUGUUGUGAAGAACAAUGUAGGGAUUAUAUCACAGAGCUCGAUAAACAAACUUUUAAACAAACCUCCAAAACGACAGCCUGUCUAUGCUAAAGCACCAUUCAAAACUAACCCUGAAGUUAAAAAACUUACAAAACCAAACCCUGUAAGGUCUGUGUCAUAUGAUCGAGUCCGAGGUCAAGGACAAAAGUCAAGGUCAGCUCCUCAGAGGUCAACUUCUUUGGACAAAGUUAAUCAGAUGCAUCCACAGUCAACAGAAUCUAAAUCACGAGUACACCCAAAUACUAUAAAGGUCAGAGAAGCGUUCCUGGAUCAACAGGCAAAUGAAAAUGAAAAUUGUUCUGAAACAUCAGGUCAAGGCAGUAGAGAUGAAGACUUAAAAUCAUUGAAUUCUGAUUUGAAACAGCCUGGAUUUGAUACUGCCAGAGAACAUAUUAAAUCUGAAGUUGAAUACAAGGCCACAGAUCAAGAAAUUGAGAAGCCAUUUAUGUUAGAGAAAGAGGGGUCCUCGCUUAGAAUACCAGGAAGAUAUCAAAAGGUUUUCAAGACUAACUUAGAACUUCAGGGAAAAGUUGCAAAAAUGAGAGAUAAAAAUGCAUCUUUAUCUGAAGUGGCUACGAGAUUCAUGGAAAAAAUGAAUGGUAUAGCAGGUUUUCCAGAGAAUAAUGAUGCAGUUGCUUUGAGCCAGGCUUACUCUGCUCACUAUGCAAUGCUAGAAGGUCUCCAUCUACAAUUGUCAGAUAUUGAAGAUCUUGACUUAGAGGCUCUGUGUUUAAGGAGGGGUGUAUUGGAAAGAGUCCUUACCAUGUAUAGUGAAACAGAAGAUACCUACAGUUCUCUCAUCUCUCCACAUACUCAAGUUAUCCUAGACUCUUCUAAAGGAAGAAGUAUAACACCCAGCAUACUUGAGCCUCAGAGACAAAUCAGCUGGUUGCAGUGGCUCUCUCCACUAAAAGAUGCCGAUUCUAUAUGGAACUUCACACAGAUUCCCAUUCUGGCAGAUUCCAUGGCACACCCCAUAGAGUAUUGCAGCUUCAAUCACUUAGACAAUUAUAUAGAACAGUUACAAUAUCUACACAAGUCUCAAAUAGAGCUUGCAAUACUUCGCAAUGUUCAGAUAUAUAUAUUUCCUUGGCUCAAACAACAGGAUUUCACGAACAGUGACACACUCCAAAUGUACAGAGGUAUCUCAUCGAUGCUGAUGCAUAGAAGUCUCAAAGCACCAACGCUGGUUCUUGAUGAUAUAUCAAGUGAUCCAGAGAAUUCUGAUCAAGAUGGAGAUGUACAUGAUUUCUAAUCCAGUAUCCAUUUGAGACUAGGUCUGGAUGAUUGGUGUCCACCAAGUGCAGGGAUCAACAGCUAAUAUUCCGUUCCUCCAAGCUGUUUAAAGGUGCAUGAUGACAUUGUGCAGUUUACAAAUAUACAUUACAGGAUGAGAAUGAGAAUGUCUCACACAUUUUCAUCAUAAGAUAUAAGAAUGAAUCAUUUCAGAAACAUUAACUGAAUGCAAAUAGAUAGGAAUAAGGAGUAUCUUCUAGUAUGCUCUCACCUCUU